AUGUUUUUUUUGUCCUAUGAUGACGACGACGACGACGGCGAUGAUGAUGAUGAUCGUGACUGUGGGGAGGAAACUAAUGUGGUAUGUACAUGCAUACACAGUAGCCAAGAACGAAAUGCCGGAGUUUUUUUUUGCUCAAUUGGGUGUGUGGGGGGGAGGGGAGGAAAGUGCAAAAGAAAGAUGCAUGGUGCUGCAGCAGUAGCAGCAGCAGUAGAGAAAGAGAGAACCGGUGGGGACACGUAUCGAAGGUCGGGUUUGAUUUUUGAUCAAUGUAUGUAUAUGUAUGAAGGUGGGUAUUAUGUAUGCAAGUAUGCAAGUUUCCUUGUAAGGCUUGCUGUAGCGUGGAUACUAAGUCUGCAUUCAAUCUCUUUGCAUAUUCGAGGAUACGAGCAAACAAAAGAAAAAAAGGGGAGAAGAAAACAAGUGUUUAUUCCUGUAUGA